ACCUCCGUGCGGCCAUGCUGUGACUCAACUGGUUGCUUUGAUUCAGGGUCUUCUACAUCACACUUCCAUUCGGUCCUAACGUCGACAUACCAAGAAGACCAGUUGGUAUACGUCGUCACUACCAACACAUCCCCCACCAACUACCCCGCCAGCUCGCAUAUGCUGGAGUAAGGCAAGCGCGCAAGGACCACGAAUACCAUCCGAUAUCAUGGCUACCGGAGCUGGUGAUGAGGAUUCCAAAAUAUCCAUCACACCUCUUCUCAAACGACUUUGGCAUGAGUCACCAACAACCAAGCCAACAGCCGACGAAAUUGCAGCAGCCCUCUCCUUGAUCUUCACGAACAGUCUAUCGGAAGUUCAAACUGGAGCGCUGUUGACAUGUCUCCACUUCACAGACCAAGACAGACAAGCAGAAGUAUUAGCGAAAUGCUCGAAAGCGAUGCGCGACUACGCUACUGGCAUUGAUGUCAAGGGUCUUCAAGAACUCAUUAGCCAACGGGGAAGGAAAGAGGGUUCCUACCAGGGAGGUUUAUGCGACAUAGUUGGUACAGGAGGUGACUCACACAACACCUUCAACAUCAGCACUACGUCGUCCAUCCUCGCCAGUGCUCUCCUCAUGAUCGCAAAGCAUGGCAACAAAGCAUCGACAUCACGUUCUGGCUCCGCAGACCUCCUGUCUUGCGCACCCCCUAAACCACCUGUCAUCACCGCUAUCGCACCCAAGACCAUCUACGAAAUCUACUCGAAGACGAACUAUGCUUUCCUGUUUGCCCCGAUCUUCCAUCCUGGAGCCAGACACGCAGCUUCCAUCCGAAGGCAACUGGGCUGGCGCACCAUUUUCAACCUUCUCGGUCCCCUCGCAAACCCGCUACAUGACUUGAUCGAAGCGCGCGUCUUAGGUGUAGCAAGGAAGGAAAUUGGACCCGACUUUGCCGAGUCGCUGAAGCAGUCUGGCUGCAGGAAGGGCAUGAUCAUCUGCGGUGAUGAGGAACUGGAUGAGCUCUCGUGCGCCGGCCCAACCCACUGCUGGCGGUUAGUCGAAGAUCCCUCUACAGGCGAAACCAACAUCAACUACUUCACUGUAACGCCAGCGGACUUUGGACUACCCGAGCAUCCACUGAGCGAAGUCAGUCCUGGACAAUCACCCGAACAGAACGCCCAGAUCUUGAUGAAGAUUCUGAUGGGCGAGGUUCCACCGGAUGAUCCAAUCCUACACUUCGUCUACAUCAAUACCGCGGCGCUGUUCGUUGUCAGUGGUAUCUGCGAUGCAGAUACGAGCGAUAUGGGCGAGGGUGAUGAUGGAAACGUCAUCAAGGAGGUCGGCCCCGGAGGUGGACGCUGGAAAGAGGGUGUCCGGCGAGCCAAGUGGGCGAUCUCAAGCGGAGCCGCGUACAGCGAGUGGCGAAAGUUUGUUGAAGUCACAAAUAGGGUUGCGUAGGAUAUGCUUCAAACUAUUUACGCAAGUGUGCGAGUCGUAACGUCUCGAUUGCCAAGGGUUUACUGAGUGCCUACAUUUACAUAGAUGUCGCUAUACGAUAAACGUAUUUGAUGAUUCUGGUCGAACGUCCAGGAUCUCUUUAUAUCUACCAAGCCGAAAUCUUGGCCUUCUUCGCAGAAUAAAAACUCAGGAUCGACCUCCUGCUCGUCCUUCUGACUGCAUGGGAAAGCUGCAGAAAUUCCAGUACACACCUACUCCAC